AUGCGUGCUUCUUUCUACGCUCUUGCCGGCAGCGCUGCCUCGGCCAUGGCUGCCACCCGUGGUUUCAACUACGGCUCUCAGGGUAACACUCUCGAGACUUUCACCAACCAGUUCGAGUCUGCUCAGGCCAUCACCGACUACGCCUCGGCCCGUCUUUACACCAUGAUCCAGGACGGCACUGCCAACACUGUCAUCUCCGCCAUCCCCGCCGCCAUCAAGACCAACACCACUCUUCUUCUUGGUCUGUGGGCUUCCGAGAACCAGGACGCUUUCAACAAUGAGCUUACUGCUCUCAAGACUGCUAUCAGCCAGUUCGGUUCCCAGGGUCUUGCCGACCUGACUGUCGGUAUCUCUGUCGGUUCUGAGGAUCUUUACCGCAUCUCCGAGACCGGUAUCAAGCAAAAGAGUGGUUACGGCCAGACUGCCGACGUCCUCGUCGACUACAUCGGCCAGGUCCGCGAGGCCGUCAAGGGCACCCCCCUUGCCAACGUCCCCAUCGGCCACGUCGACACCUGGAACGCAUACACCAACACCUCCAACUCUGCCAUUCUCGGCGCUGUUGACUUCCUUGGUCUCGAUGAGUACCCCUUCUACCAGGACGGUGAGGGCAACUCGAUCGACAACGCCUCGGACCUCUUCUGGAAGGCUUACGACAAGGUUGAGGCUGUUGCUGGCGGCAAGCCUCUCUGGGUCACCGAGACCGGAUGGCCCGUUAAGGGUGCCACUGAGGACGAGGCCGUUCCCAGCGUUGAGAAUGCCGCCAAGUUCUGGCAGGACAUUGCUUGCGAGCUUGAGGCCCGCUGCAUCAACUUCUGGUGGUACAUCCUGAACGAUGACGGCGCUUCGCCCUCGUUCUCGGUUGCCAGCGGUAUUGACGGUGCCAACACCAAGGCUCUUUACGACCUCAAGUGCCCCAACGCCUCUACCUGUGGCGCCAAGUCUCUCUCUGGUUCUUCCUCAUCUUCUUCCUCUGCCGCUUCGUCUUCUGCUGCUGGUUCCAAGACUGCCUCUUCCGGAUCCGCCUCUACCACCGACGCUGCUGUCGCUGGCAUCAAGGUUGGCUCCAACGGCACCGCCUCCGUCGAGCCUGUUGUUUACGUCACCGAGGUCACCACUUCGUACACCACAACAUGUCCUGCAGGAAGCCCGGUCACCAUCUCUGGAAAGGAGACCACUUUGACCACUCCCACUGUUUUCGUCACCACCCACGCCGUUUCCUCGACCGUCUCUACCAGCCAGACUUCGACUCAGGUCACCUGGGCCCCUACUUCUUCCAUCGCUGGAGCUAUCGUUCCUUCCGGUGCUGUUGUUCCCUCGGGCGCUGCUCUUCCCUCAGGCGCCGCUGCUGCUUCUGGUUCCAACGGUGUCGUUGUCGGUCCUUCCGGCACCACUCUUGCCUCCUCGUGGGCCGCUAACCAGACCCCUGGUGCUGCUGGUGCCACCGCCAGCCCCUCCGCCUACAAGGGCGCUGGUGUCAAGGUCGGUGGUUCCGUCGCUCUUGCCCUCGGUGCUGCUGCUGCCGCUCUCCUCUAA